AUGGGGUCUAGUGAGAUUUCCAGUCCCAUCUGCACAAAUAACGAGUGUGCCAGGUCCAGCGCCAGAGCCCACCUGCCCCUGGGCUGUGACCACCGAGAACCAGCUGAGGGAGGAGAAGCUGAACCUCUUGGACUUCCCUCCCCAGCUAGUGGCAGAGCAGCUGACAAGGGUGGCUGCGGUGAGCAGCAGGGCUUGCAAGGGAGAGCUCUCGAUCGAUCGCUUAAUAAGUGGUGCAGGAGAGAGAAGCACGUGAGCAGGAAGCUGCUCCUGAAGGAGGCGACCGCCGUGUUAGAGACUGCAGAGAGGGCCCGCCAGGGAACCCAGGAGAGGCAGCGGCAGCAGGGUGUCGUCCCCUCCCUGGUGACAUUCUUCAGUUCCCUGGAGCUGCUGGACGCUGCGAUGGAGGAUUAUGUGGAGUGCCCUGCAGGAUUCCCUCAGCCCUGUGUGCAUCCCGUCCUUCCUCUGGCCCAGGAAUUCAAACUCAUGGAGGAGAUCGAGCUGCUCCAGGAGGCUACAAGUCUGUACACCUUGCAGCCUGUGGAGCACUUUGGGGCCUGGUUCCAGGCUGUGGAGCCCCUGAGCGAGGAGAAGAGCUACAGCCUGUCCUGCCAGCUGGAGCCCUGAUACCAGUGGACCAGAAAGAUUUGACUCCUCUUCAAAGACAAGAAGAACUGCUCAG